CGACAGACACAUUUUGAGUGAAUUUUUCACACGCACACACACACACACACACACAGACAGAGAGUAAGAGAUUGCACUGAGUGCGUCGUUCGUGAGGAAUGAGCUCAGACAGACAGACAGACAGAAAGACAGAGAGCUCGCUCUGUUGUUUGCUUCAUUUGACAGAGCGGUGCAGACCAGACCCGAGCAGAGCAGAGCAGAGCAGAAUAUAUGAGCCGAACCAACACAUACACACCCACACCCACACCCACCCGCACACAGACCGACUGACUGACCGAUCGGCUCACGUGGCGGCCGCCAUGCCGCCGUGGACACUGCGAACCUUCACGUCAAACCCUGCACACAAAUCCUGUGAUGAUUCAGUCAGAAGACACGCCACCAUCCCACCCACACCACACGGCCUUUCACCUUUCCGGCAGUAUGUGAGUAUCCACUCCAUCUCAUCUGCACACACACACACACAGGGGCUCGAAACGACACGCCUGAUGGCCCCAUUCGUCCGUUCGUGUGAGUGUGAGCAUUUCUCGCCUUGUGUGGGAACAGACAGGACGUCGUGGCCCUACACACACACACAUACACACAGAGAGAGAGAGGCACACAGACACACCUUGCAGAGGGCCGGUCCUCUCUGUUCUGUCUCUCUCUGCACUCGUCAGCUUCGCCCACGUCAUAGGAGAUGAUGUGCCCUAGCUCAGGCUCGAAGUAGCCGUUCCCAGUGUCGAAACAACCUACACAGACAGACAGACAGACAGUCUCUCUCUCUCUCACUCACUCUCUCUCACUCUCUCUGUCUCUCUGUAGCCAUCUAGUUGUGUGUGUCUCUGUGUGUUUGUCCGACUGACCGUAUGGUAUGAGUGGUGAGGGCACUUCGUUGGUGAGGAGUGUGUUGCCGGCGGGCUGCAGACCGUGCAGCACCUCAGAGUAGAAACGCCGAUCUGCAUCGGUCGAUACACACAGACAAAACACACACAUGCACACGAACAAAGCAGCGCAGACACACACACACACACACUCGUGGCGCGUGGUGUACCUUUCCUUGUGAGGUAUUGCCAGCCUCUGUCCUGGUACAGAAGACCAUCGUUGAAGACAUACUGACCCUGUCCACACACACACACACACACAGGGAUGGAUGGACAGAGCACGGCCGAUCCUGUCCUCCCUCCAUGUGGUAUUUGUGUACCCCGACAGCGAAUCCCCUGUCCCAUUUGGCCACGUAGCGUCCUCCAUUGGGGUAGAUUAAGGAGCCGUCGCCAUGGAACCUGUGUGGAGUGGAGGCACACAACACACACGUGUCCCUGCCUGUCCUGACAACUGACUCUGUCUGUCUCGAUUGCACUCACUCUCCUUUGUGGAACUGCCCCUCGUAGACCACCCCGUUGGGAAAGCGAUACCGACCGCUCCCCUCAAACCUGAUGGAACGACCAACCAUGUGUCACACAUGCAAGGAUGACCACACACACGGACAGACAGACAGACAGAGAGUGUGAGAGAGAGAGAGAGAGAGAGAGAGGAAGCGAAGCAUCAUCCCCCUCUCUCCGUGCGUUUGUGUGCUCGAGCCCGAGCAGGCCACAAACACCCACACCCACACCCACAUCCCUACCAGCCAUUUUUGAGUGGCCCCUCGUAUGAGGUCCCGCUGAGGCGGCUCGUCGACUGGGUGACCGUCGCGGCGUCUGCAGGGGCGGCCGAUGGCGGCGGGGCAGUGGGGGCGGAUGCGGGGGUUGGGACAGUGCGGCUGGUUGCCUCUCGCGCCUCGUCCUGUGCGUCGCUCAUCCCCUCAGUCAGCUCAGGAUGAGAACCGAAG